UAGUAAAGAAGAGUCGACUAGUCCAACUUCUGAAAGCAUUACUACAACAAAUGAAAAAGAAGCUAUUAAUGAAGAAAAAGAAACUGUUUCCAAUGGUGAAAAAGAAGAAACAGAACAGAUAACUUUAAGUGUUGAAGAGACUAAAGAAGAAGAAGAAGCUAUCCAUAAAGAAGAAGAAAUAGUGCAAGAAAGUGUGCAAGAAAGUGUGCAAGAAAGUGUGCAAGAAAGUGUGCAAGAAAGUGUGCAGGAAAGCGUACAAGAAACAAGCAUACAAGAAAAUGUGCAAGAAGAAAUUGUGCAAGAAAUUGUGCAAGAAGAAACUAAGGAGAAAACACCAAAGCCUACUACUACAUCCACCACCAGUGCCACCACUACCAGUCAUAAUGCUUCUAGAACUAAAUCCCCUGCUACCAAUAAAACUAAUUCUUCUUCCCCCUCUAUUACUAAGUCUAAAAUUGGUGCUACUUCAAAUAAAUCUAAACCUACUACUACUACAUCGUCAUCGAUACAUCAAAAAUCAACAUCUAUAGAAAAAACUAAGCCAGCUGCUACCACUGCCACUAAAACAACAAAGAUCGCCCCCAAAAAAUCACCGACCACUACCACGUCUAAAAUCAGCUCGGCACCUAAAACUGGUACUUCUACUACAACCGAUGGGAAAAGUACAAAAGUUCAUCAACCUCAACGACCUACUCCCGGAGAAACACCAAAGCCUACUACUACAUCCACCACCAGUGCCACCACUACCAGUCAUAAUGGUGGACCAAAAAAAGCUAUUAAAAAACCAAGUACUAGUACUAUCGGUUCUAGUAUUAAAAAACCUUCAUCUAUUACCCCACCUUCUAAAACAAAUUCUAAAAUUGCUUCAAGUUUAAAAAAACCAACAACGCCAACAACAUCUACAACUAAAACACUUGGUACAAGUUCAGCUUCUAGAACUAAAUCCCCUGCUACCAAUAAAACUAAUUCUUCUUCCCCCUCUAUUACUAAGUCUAAAAUUGGUGCUACUUCAAAUAAAUCUAAACCUACUACUACUACAUCGUCAUCGAUACAUCAAAAAUCAACAUCUAUAGAAAAAACUAAGCCAGCUGCUACCACUGCCACUAAAACAACAAAGAUCGCCCCCAAAAGAAUUUUAAUUUCUAUAGAUUUUGGAUUGAUUAAAAAAAUCAUUGAUG